UGCUUUGCAGUGACUCGUUAAUACUUGUCUCAGUUCCUGUUUCCUGCUCAGCUCCAACGAUUCAUUUCACUUUAACAGCGACAGUUUGGAUCACUAUGUCUUUAUCCGUGACAUCUAGAAUGAGUCCUAUAAAGAAUAAACAUCUCUUGGUUUUGCAUCAUGUUGUUGUCGUCCUCCUUUUUCUAACACAAUCUUGUGAUGGUCAGCAUCAGAUGAUUGGUCCAACUCAGCCAGUAGUGGCCAUGAUUGGUGAUGACAUCACUUUGCCAUGCCACCUGGAACCUGCUGUGGAUGUUGUUGACCUGACUGUGGAUUGGUCCAGAACUGACCUCAAACCUAGAUCUGUCUAUGUGAGGCGAGAGGGUGUGGAGCUUCUGACUGAGCAGAAUCCUUUGUACACAGGAAGAACAUCACUGUCUGUCAACAAACUGCAGUGUGGAGACGUUUCAUUGAAACUCUCCACAGUAAAACUCUCUGAUGCAGGAACAUACAAAUGCCUUGUACCUAAAUUUAAUGCAGAAACUGUGGUGAUGCUUGCUGUAGGUUCAGUUUCCUCACCAGUCAUAGAACUCACUAAUGUCAAAAAUGAAAUGGUGUUAGAGUGUAAAUCUAAUGGCUGGUAUCCAGAGCCUCAGAUGUUGUGGGUGGACAGUGAGGAAAAACCUAUUUCUGUGGAACCUACAAAGAAUGUCAGAGGUUCUGAUGGGCUCUAUAGUGUCAGCAGUAAAGUGACUGUGGAGAAAGGACAGAGCUACAGCUUCAGCUGCAAAGUUCAACAGAAGAAUAUCAGUCAAAUCAAAGAGACACACAUCCAUGUUUCAGGUGAUCUCUUUAUGGUCCAGUCUAAUACUGCUGUUCACAUUAUCAUCAACUUGGCUGUUUGUUUAAUAACUGUCGGGACAGCAGCAAUCCUAAUAUGGAAACGUGGACAAAAGAAAACCAAAAUCAGUAGACAUGAUGAGGAUGUAAAUGAACUACAUCAAACAGAGAUGGAGGAGAAAUCACACAGAGAAUGUGAGGAAAAGAAAAGACUUGAAGAUGAGUUGCAGAACAAUGAGGAAGACUUAAAACAUGUCAGACAAACCAUUGAAAAACUGAUGGAGCAGAAGACAUUUCUGAAGAACCAGAGAGAAAAACUCAUCACACUACUGCAGGAGGACAAGACAGAGAUGAAAGAGGCCAUGAAAAAGUUGGAGAUAGAACCAAAAACUGACAGAGAGAAAAAAAUGCAGAAGCGUGGAGAUACAAAAGUUAACCUAGAAAAGAGAACAGAAGUACAUGAAGAACUGUUAAAGAUGACAGAAAAACUAAUGGAGGAAACAGAGAACAUUAUUAUCCAAAUGACAGAAAAAAAGGGAAAAAUAGAAAAAGAUAAGGAACAAAUUAAUAAACACUUGAGAGAGAAAGAGAAAGAAAUAGAAGAGAUUCAGAAGAAACUGUCAGAGAAACAAGUGAGAAACACUGAGCAGCAAAGGACAGAGUAACACAACAAACAAAACAUGGAUUUUGCUGUUUUUUCCUCUUGCUGUCAUUUUGCAAUGUGAUGCCUAAUGUUUCUUUAUUUGUUUGCUUUAAAUUUAUACUACAUACAUUUAAACAAUCAAUCAAUCAAUCAAGGCUUUAUUCGCCACAUGCAGGUUGCCCUGCAGUGAAAUGGGACCCCAUGGUGAAAUGGAAGUGUGUGCAUAUCAGUAUAUGUAUGUGUGUGCGUGUCCAUAGUUCAGCUGAGACAGUGUCCUUCGCCCUGCCAGGCUAAGUAAACAGUCUUCCAGCCAACCCAGGUGGCCUUGAGUGGGAAGGAACAGUCUAAACA